AUGAGUAAAAACAAAAUGCUUCCCAGAUUUAUUGCCAUACGAAAUGCCGUUUUCUACGAAGUCAGCAUUGGGAUUCCAGCCAAUGCCAUCCUUCUGCUCUUCCACAUCCUCAUGUUCUUGCUAAAGCACAGACCCAAGCCCACCGACCUCACCAUGGGGAACUUGGCCCUCAUCCACUUGGUGAUGCUGAUCAUCUCAGGGUUCAUAGCCACAGAUGUUUUUGGGUCUCAGGAACAAUGGGAUGACAUCACAUGUAAAGCAGUCAUCUAUUCCUACCGGGUACUACGAGGUCUCUCCCUGGGCAACACCUCCCUGCUCAGUGUCCUGCAGGCCAUCACCCUCAGUCCCAGGAGCUCCUGGUUGGCCAAGUUCAAACAAACAUCUUCCCAUCACAGCCUGUGUGUCUUUGUCUUCCUCUGGGUCUUCAAUUUGUCCAUGAGUGCUUAUCUCUUAAUCUCUGUUGCUGCCACCACGAAUCAUACAUCCAGGAGCUUUUUGUUUGCCACUAAAUCAUGUUCUGUUUGGCCACAGAGAUACUUACCCAAGUACACAUUUUCCAUGUUGUGGAUCUUCCGAGAUGUGUCCUUCACAGGGCUCAUGGCCCUCUCCAGUGCCUACAUGGUGACCCUCCUGUGCAGGCACAAGAGGCAGUCCCGGCACCUUCACAGCACCAGCCCUUCUCCAAGAGCCUCCCCAGAGCUGAGGGCCACCCGCACCAUCCUGCUGCUCACAAGUGUCUUUGUGCUCUUUUACUUGACAGACUGUAUUGUGUAUUCCCUCUCAGGAAUGUGGUGGAACAGUGACCUCAUGCGUCUGAGUGCCCAGAUAUUGCUGGGCAAUGGCUAUGCCACCAUUGGUCCCUUGGUGUUAAUUAGCAGUGAAAAACGAAUGAUCAUCUUUUUCAAAUCCAUGUAA